AUGCGCUUCAACCAAGUUACCCAAGCUCUUACCCUGCUGUGCAUCAGCGCCCAGGCUGCUCCUGCUGCGAUCAAUCACGCGCCCAUUGAGUCUGGCGGCGGCUCCGUCUCUUCCGAAAGAAACACAGCUAGGCCCGUCUGGACCAAGGGUGCGCCAUCGUUGAAGUGCACGGGCUGCGACAAAGAGUAUUGGACCUCCUCGCGCCUCAUUCGUCAUUUGGGUGCCACCGAGCAUGGUGCUAUCCCGGGUAGCGACCCGAAGGACUGGAAGCAAUACCAGAUCGAUUAUGAAUAUCCCCCGGCCAAAGCGGGUGCCGUCAUCACAGUCCUGGAGGCCCUGUACACUACACCCUUGCCCAGCAUCGCCAGAGGCGACAUCUGCAGCGACGCCAACAACGCCGACUUUGCGCGGCUGUUGGCGCUCUGCAACGCGGCCGUGAGCGGCAUCCGCGAGCACCCCUCGGGCCGGGGCGACCCCUUGUUCCAGACGGUCGGCAGCCCCGAGACCAACAACAACGGCAUCAGCUUCAAGCCGCCCUUCCCGGCCUACCCGUCGGGCCACGCGACCUUUGGCGCCGCCACGUUCCAGAUGGCGCGGCUGUACUACAAGCGCCGCGACGGGCUCGAUUUCCCCGACGCCGGGGCCGACGCGAUCGCGCUCGAGUUCGUGUCGGACGAGCUCGACGGCGACUACGACGCGUCGCGCCCCAUCACGGAGCAGGUCGGGACGGUGCGCACCCGCGUCCCCGUCCGCUUCGAGUCGCUGUGGUCCUGCAUCCACGACAACGCCCUCUCGCGCGUCUUCCUCGGCGUCCACUGGCGCUUCGACGCCUUCGCCGCCGAGGACGUCCUCGUCCCCAACCCGAGCCAGGAGCCCGGCCAAGGGCCAUACCUGCUCAACCCCGACGGGUCGACCGCCUACAAGCCCACGGCCGAGGUGCGGUACCAGGCUCGCGCCACCAGGUUCGACAGGGAGGGCCUGUUCCCCAUCGGUGGCGUGCUGCUGGGCCUCGGCAUCGCGGAUGAGAUCUUUGCGGCGAACCUGAAGCCCACCCCGGAGGAGGCCCAGCCUGGCGGUGAGGGCGUGAGCCGGAUACAGGGGCUGCUGAAGGAUCAGGUAGUGCAAAAGACGCUAAAUGGAGCCAAUGGGACAAAAUAA